AUGCUGUGGGUGAGGAAGAGGGGUUCAGCUGUUGGGUGCCGUCUGUGGGCGAACCCAGUCUCUGCAGGUGGCAGUCGUGAGGAGCACCGAGGGGAGCUGUCUGCGAGUCAAGUAUGUGUGGAAAAAUCGCUCGUGUUCAAAAGUAACACCCCUUACCCUACUGAUAUCGUGGCUGUCCCUGGUGGACGUGAUCUGCUGUUCUGCGUGCAGCUGGAUGACUCAAAGCUGAACUAUUUCCAACAGCCACAAGAUAUCAAAGAAUCUGAUUUUUUAAAGCAGCCCAGCCACACUUUUUUAGCACCGUCACAAGUCCAGCCAUCAUUAUCUACCUUUUACCGGGCUGGCGAUCCAAUCCUAAUCUACUUUGAUAAAUCAUCUGUACUGAGCACACUUAGACAGCCAGUGAAGAUGGGAGCCAGUGGACUUUGUGUUGAUGGAAAUCCUGCUGGCUUCCUGGACAGCAAAAGCACAAGCUGUACUCGGAUUUUUGCCAACUUGAGCAAGAGCUGCGUUACUGACCCUGCCCUAGAUGCUGCCUCCUACUACCGUGACUUCACAGUGCUAAAGGUCCCAGUUAAUGACACCAUAAUGCAGUCCAUGAAGGUAAAUGUCACUGCAGUCGCACCGCCCGGAGCUCCCCACAUGAAAGACAACACAUGUAACAACGCUGUUUCUGAGGUCAUCUACGAGAUAGAAUUCAGUGGCACACAUGGGAUUCAGAGUGUUUCUGUCCAGUUCAAAGUGAGCAACAUCUCUGAGAACUCAGGAUCCUCUCUGCAGCAGCGCUUCACUUUGCACUUCUGGACCAGGACGCUGUCUCAUACGUUGCCCAGAAGUGGAAACCCUGGCUAUAUCACUGGUGCACCACUGUUGAUUGCAAACAGUGGCGCCAUGCAGCGUAUGAGCAUCUUACAGAGCGAAGGUGAUGGAAGUUGCUCACAGUUCCUCAGACACACAGUGCAAUUUGGCAGAAAUAUGAGGACAGGCUGCAAGCUCAGCCUAUCCCCAAUACUGGAAGAAAGUAACUGUAGUUACAUCCAGCAGAAGUUGUACAAGGCUUUUCAGGGGAUGGACGGAGCAGAGGACCUUGCUAUAACUGGCAGUGCUCAUUUAACCCAGACAGAAGAGUGGACGACCAUUCUGAUUCACAACUGCAGUGUGCAGGCUGCGAACAGCACGUCCCAUUGCAUGGUUCCUGUGACCCUGGAGAUACAGAUAUUGUGGACUAAGGUGGGCCUCCUGUCCAACCCACAAGCUCAAAUACUGGGUGCACGGUACCUUUAUCAGUGUCAGCUCCUGAAGCUCCUACAUACAAGCACGGUACCUUUGACAACUGUCGUUACCUUCACUGACACGACGGAAUGGCCUGAACCCCCACGAGGCCAGCCCCGAAUGCACUGGAAACUCCCAUUUGACAUCUUUUAUCCAUUCAAGGUGGCAGUGAAUAUGGAAAGAAGUUACAGAGGUGAUCUGGCUGGCUGUUUUUUGUUAAUUCUAAUAAUGCUUAGUAUUCUCUGCUUUUGAAAAGUCAAAUAGAUGCGGCCUGUACUUAAAGUCUGGGGAGUGAAUUGAUACAUUGAGAGUGGGAUCCAGAUCAGACUUUUCUCCUCAGGUUCUUAUACUGUGCCUAUGGUACCUAUGUGCCUUGUGUUCUUGGAUUAAGACACGUGACGAGCUUCUGUCCUGUGUCCUCUCAUGCCCCUAUUCUCCCUAUGCACCAUCUGCAAACUUCACUGUGGGGAAACACUUGAGAGGUGGAGGGAUCAAGAGACACUGCAUUAAUGAGGAACAAGGAGGAGGAUGUUGAAAGGAACGUUCCAUGUUCCCAGAAACUGAGAGUGCUUUUGAACCAAGGAGUGUGGAGAGAGGAGGAAAGUUCAAUCCAAGCAUUUUGGAGCUGCAUUCAGUCAUCUUCCUGUGGGAGAAGCACCUGAUUUUUCUACAUGGAACUAAAUGAACAUCUAAAAUACAGGAGCCCUCCCAGGCAGCCUGAAUUGUUAUGAGUGGACCUGUCUGCCAGCCACCUUUAACCUGUCCUUGCUACAUGACAACCAUGCCUCUGUGACAGUUUUCGACUCUUAUUUUUCCAUGCCUUUUAAAAUACAGAUACUCAGUUGAAAUGUUCAUGUUUUAAUUACUGUUUACAUUAGCAAGUGUUACACAAAGUAAUUGUAAAUGUCCCAUCCUCUGCAAUAUAAUUGAAUUUUAGUUGUUUGUCAAGACAG